AAGCGGAAGUGUGUCGGCCCGGCAGCGGGCGGCUCGCAGCUCCCGAGCGGGGCCCGGCGCCGCGGGUACCGGCACGGCCGGGCCGCCUCGUGCUGUCCGGGCCCGCCGCCAUGCCCAGCCCCCGCAGCAGCCGCGAGCGCCGCAGCGCCCGGCCCGAGUUCGCGUCCCUGCUGAGCCAGCGCGGCCCCGCGGCCCCGGACAGCCCGUCCCGCCGCCGCGAGUCGGCCGGCCCCGCGCCCCCGGCGCUGCCCGACGAGGACUGCAUGCGGCUCAACCCGUCCUUCGUGGGCAUCGCGCUCAGCUCGCUGCUCGCCGUCGACCUGUGGGCCUCCAAGCGCCUGGGAGUGUGCGCCGGGGAGGCCUCGGCGUGGGGCAGCGCCCGGCCGCUGCUGAAGGUGGUGGAGGUGUCGGGGCACGGCAUCCCCUGGCUGCUGGGCACCUUGUACGGGCUGUGCCAGAGCGACAGCUCGGCCGCCAGGGAGGUGCUGCUCAACCUGCUCUUCGCGCUGGUGCUGGAUCUCGUGCUGGUGGCAGUGGUGAAAGGGAUCGUCAAACGGCCGCGGCCUACACACAACAAGAUGGACAUGUUCGUCACCGUCUCAGUGGACAAGUAUUCCUUCCCAUCGGGCCACGCCACCAGAGCUGCCCUGGUCUGCCGCUUUGUUCUGCACCACCUGGUGCUCGCCGUCCCACUGCGGGUCCUCGUGGUGCUCUGGGUUCUCAUCGUUGGCAUUUCAAGGGUGAUGCUGGGCAGGCACAAUGUGACGGACGUGCUGUUUGGUUUGUUCCUGGGCUACGUGCUGUACAGCGUGGUGGAGUACUGCUGGCUCUCCCCACUGAAUGCACCUGCCCUCUUUGCACUCUGGAGCCAUUGAUGGCUGCACCCCUCCCAAGGGAGGAGGCAUAUACCCUGUUCUCUAAGCACACAUGGAGAGGGGGUGCUGCGACUCAUCUAUGUCCAGCCAACACUUAACACUAGCGGUGCUGCAGGCUCCCAGGCUUGCAGUUAGACACUGGGUGCUGUCUUGCCCUGCUGAUGGGCUGUCAGGCAGAACGUGUGCUGGCCAAGUAGCUGCACUGACUACUCCAGUGACAGACCGGUCCCUGCAGAGCCUGGGAAGAGGUCAGCACAUCCAUCCGGCAGCUCACUGCUGAUACUGUGAAUCAGCAUGCCCUUGCUGGGCACCUGCUGUAUUAGCCUAUGGUGUAUGUGGUAGCUGGGGCUUUGCAAAGGUUUCUCUGCAAUUGCCCGCAUAUCUGUGUGCUAUAAAUACACUGAUCAUAUUGCUGUUGUGAGUGCACUUUCUGCAGUCUCCUCCAUAAUACCCACCUGGGGGGGAGGGUCUCUCCGAAAUCCAUUCUCAUGUUUAUAAAGAGCUCUGCCUUCUAAGAA